AAGCGCGAGUGGAGUCUUAAGGUGGCCGCGUCGGCCUCCCCCGGGUGGUUAGCCAGCAUCUGAGGAGCGGAGCUUGAGCGGGGCUGGGCCCGUGAGGGGCCCUCGCCAGCCGCGGGGCCGCGCCAGGGAGCCGCCGCCUCGCCCUGCUUCUCCCCUGAGGCGCCGCGCGGCCAGGCAGCGGAUCCAGGCCUCGGCCGGCGCCGCGCCUCCGGGGCCCUCCCGGGCUCAGCAUGCCCGGGGUGAAGCUGACCACCCAGGCCUACUGCAAGAUGGUGCUGCACGGCGCGAAGUACCCGCACUGCGCCGUCAACGGACUGCUCGUGGCCGAGAAGCAGAAGCCGCGCAAGGAGCACCUGCCCCUGGGCGGCCCGGGCGCCCACCACACCCUCUUCGUGGACUGUAUCCCCCUCUUCCACGGCACCCUGGCCCUCGCCCCCAUGCUGGAGGUGGCCCUCACCCUGAUUGAUUCGUGGUGCAAAGAUAAUAGCUACGUGAUUGCUGGUUAUUAUCAAGCUAAUGAACGAGUAAAGGAUGCCAGUCCAAACCAGGUAGCAGAAAAGGUGGCCUCCAGAAUCGCCGAGGGCUUCAGUGACACGGCUCUCAUCAUGGUAGACAACACUAAAUUCACGAUGGACUGUGUGGUCCCCACGAUCCAUGUGUAUGAACACCAUGAAAACAAAUGGCGCUGCAGAGACCCGCACUAUGAUUACUGUGAAGACUGGCCAGAGGCCCAGAGGAUCUCGGCAUCGCUCCUGGACAGCCGGUCCUACGAAACACUCGUGGAUUUUGAUAACCACCUGGAUGACAUUCGGAAUGACUGGACAAAUCCAGAGAUCAAUAAAGCUGUUCUACACUUGUGUUAGGGAGGGGUUUCAGUGACUGGUCUCUGGGCAUUUCCACUACACUGAAGAAGAAAAGUUAUUUUUAAAUGUAAAUAAAAUAUCACAGCCGGUGUGGAAAGCUGACAGUUUUCAGAAGUGGCGUGUGCCUUGAGAGAGGGCAGAAUGUCCAUCAGUCACCUGUCUAAUGCAGAGUCUCUAGACCAGGUACAGACCGUCCCAUUCGACCACCCUGUGGAGCCUUCCCAGUUGUACGUGGCUAUAAUUCUUCAAAUCAAAGCUAUUUCUGCUUGUCCAAGAUUGUUCCUAUUAAACAAUUUUAACUAACCUUUUAUAAUCUGGAGAGAAUACUUUUUAAGGCAUAUGAACUGUCUUUAAAAA